AUUCCCACCUUUCCACUUUCUCCCCUAUAAAUCCAAAUCCCCCCCCCUUUUCCCUCUCUCUGCUAAAUCGCUUUCCCCCCUUCUAGUCAAUCGCCUUCAUCACUCUACUCACUCUCUGUUAUUCUUCUUCUUCUUCUAUACGCCGUUGGUUGUUGAACCAGAGACAGCAAUGUCAGCGAGCUCGAGGCGGAGAACCACAGAGCUUCAAGUCCCGAGGAAAUGGAAAGAGAGGGAAUUGGAAACCAGUCCCGAGAGAACCAAAGUGUGGACCGAGCCGAAGACCAAGACCUCCGCCGAGAGGAAAGUCCCUGUCGUCUACUAUCUCUCCAGGAAUGGCCAUCUUGAUCACCCUCAUUUUAUGGAGGUCCCUCUUUCUUCCAAUGACGGUCUCUAUCUCAGAGAUGUGAUCAACCGCUUAAACGUUCUCCGAGGCAAGGGCAUGGCUAGCCUGUACUCAUGGUCAUCAAAACGGAGCUACAAAAACGGCUUCGUUUGGCACGACUUAUCGGACAACGACUUCAUCUACCCGGCUCACGGCCAAGAGUACGUCCUCAAAGGGUCGGAGAUCGUUGAUCCUUCUCCGUUAAACCCCCCACCCCUGCUUCAAACGGCGUCGUUUAGAGCCCUGAAACCCCCCAACAAAGCAGAGAACGACCGUGAUUUCCCGGUGAUAACGCGACGGAGAAAUCAAUCAUGGAGCUCAAUCGAUCUCAACGAGUACCAAGUCUACAAGACCGAGUCCAUCAGUGAGUCAAAUCGGAGGUUCGCCGCGGACGCAUCCACUCAGACGGAUGAGAGAAGGAGAAGAAGGAAAGCGGGCAAGGAAGAGAAAGAAGAAGAGAUCGAUGACGACGACCAGCAUGGAGAAAAAAGUCCAGAGGUUUAUGAGAAGCAAAGUACGGAGCUUAGCAGGGAGGAGAUUUCGCCUCCGCCGUCCGAUUCGAGCCCGGAGACUUUGGAGUCGUUGAUGAAAGCCGAUGGACGGCUGAUAUUGUGCCCUAAUGGCGGCAAGGAAGAUGGUUCAAAUCGGACGGCUGAGAGUUGUCAUAGUGGGAGGAUGAAGGCAUCCAACGUUUUGAUGCAGUUGAUAUCGUGCGGUUCGAUUUCCUUCAGAGAAUGUGGGUCCAACUUGGUGAAAGAUCAAGGGCUGUCGUUGAUUGGGCAAUACAAGGCAAGGCUGCCCCGCGGAGCAGGAAGCAGUGAACUGGUGCGGAAGGAAGCAGGGACCGAAAGGGAAUUUGAAAGUUUCGUAGGAGUAAAAUUGGAAGAUAAGGAUUACUUCAGUGGCAGCUUGAUUGAGACCAAGAAAGAGCCCGUGCCUACUUUAAAGAGAUCUUCUUCUUACAAUGCAGAUAGGGGCUGUCAGGUUGAGCUGGCUGAAAAGGAAAUAGAUGGAGUCCGUGCAAAAUGUAUACCAAGAAAACCAAGAGCACUCCCGGCAAAGAAAGCAGGCAACAACAAUACUGAAACCUCCGUUGAAGACGCCACAAACAGCACAACCAAAGACUCCAAGACUUAACAAAAUCCUUACCAGGCAAACCAGAAACAGAAAAAUGGUAAAUCAAAACCUCUAGCUCUGUUAAUUAUAGUUAAAAAUGAAAAGGGAGAAGUUCUAGAAAAAAAAAAAAUGGUACAGAGAAAAAAUAGGCAAAAUAUAACUAGUAGGAGUACUGAAUUGGAAGCUACGGCAUGAUGGGUAGUAGUAUAUCUAUAUAAAAAUCCAAGGGAAGAAAGUGGGUUUUGGGAAUUUGCUAAAAAAGCUUUUUUGUUGAAGCUUGUGAAAAAGUGUCUCCCUUGGGAUUUGGAAGGUUGAGCUUGGAGGAUCAGCAAAAUUAGUGCCUUGAUGUUUGCAGCGAGACCUUAAUCUUUGUGUUUUGGCUCUUAA